AUGGAUUUAAGGUCUACUUUAAGUGAAGAAGUCAAUGAACUCUUGGAUUCUGCUCUUUUAGACUGCUAUGGCCGUUUUAUAACUUUGUUGCCUGAGGAGGUCCUUACUGACCAUAUCCACCUUCCGUUCCACCUUCAGGAAACUUACUGGUGGUACUGCGAUAAGUGGCGGGAUCGGAACCCUUCUCUACCUUCUUUUAAUUUUUCCCAGUUCAUUCAGUUUGUCUGUGUAGAUUGUCCAAUUCUGCAAAGAUUCGUUAAUCAGAAUGACCUAAAGACUAUGAUAACAAAUUGGCGUGCCUACAAGAAGAAAAUCCCAAUAAGGGGCGGAAUCAUUUUCAACGUGUUGUGUGACAAGGUGCUCCUUGUACAAUCUUACAGCAGUAAGAAUUGGAGUUUUCCAAGAGGGAAAAUCGACGAGGCCGAAAAUGACCGGAGUUGUGCUGCACGUGAAAUUUACGAGGAGACUGGGUUGGAUUUAAUCACUCAUAUAAAUGACGAUGUAUAUCUUGAGUUGAUUGAGGAUGAUUUGAAUUUGAAGCUAUUUUUAAUUCCGGGCAUUGACGAAACUCAGGCCCUGAAACAGAGUUCAAAUUACGAAAUCAGUGAGUUUAAGUGGUUUCCACUUAAACAGCUUGAGAAUAAAAGGUACUUAAAGUUCGGAACCUUUCAUGUUAAGCCUUUCGUCAAAAAGAUUCUUGAGUUCUCACGUGAAUUUCAAAACGGAAAGUUCGCAACUCAUUUUCCUGCUCAAUUUGAUCUAUAUCAAGAGGCACUCAACAACAAGUUAAGAAUGACUCGAAUCGCAAAUUCAGAGACUUUUGGUUCAGCAUCUCGAUGGAGUCCUGAAGAAAUGUUCAGGGUCAACUCCGAGAAAUUCGGAAUAAUUUCCACUUAUAAGGAGGACGAAACUGAUAAUUUCAACCCCUUUUCUAACUGGAACCCUGUUGAAAUCAGUUCAAACGAUAAACGGAACAAAUACAAAGAUCGCCAACUUGUACCAUUUGACCCUAACUCUUUUUUUUAA